ACAGAGGGGAGGAUUGGGCUCAGAAUGCGUGCGGGAGUUUGAUUGUUGGAGACGGAAGCGAAAUCUCACAUGAAAAUAAGACAUAAAGUGUGCUAAAAUAAAAACUUAAUGGCCUUAAUACAAACAGAAUCUAAUGGCAAAGGCAACGGACUAGUCAAUACUGUACAAAGUGGCGUCAGAAAAGUUUUCAAACAGCGAACAUGCAGCCGAAGGACACGGAGUUCAGCACACAAGGUCUCCCAAAAGCUUUCCUUCACAGUUUGCGGACUUUAUUCGAUAUUCUUGACGAUGGAAGGAGGGGUUACGUUCACAUAUCUGAGAUUGAGAGUCGGUGGCGCGGCGCGGAGGCUCGCGAUUUACCCGCGGGCGUUCUGGAGAGUUUAAGGCGCGUCGCACCGCAUCACGGGUGUCUGACUUUCGAGCGGUUCGUCGCGGGUCUUAGAAACUCGAUGUUCAAUCCCGAAAAUGGCAGCAGAUCGACUGCUUCACAGCAGCUGAAAUCACAACAGAGAGCCGGCGGUAACGCUACCGCUUGGCCGUUUGACUGUAAAGUUCGGCCGCUUGGACCGAGUAACGUAAUAAACACACUCCACAGCCGGCAGAAUGGACGGAACAGACCGCACGAGAGCUCUGCGUAUUUAGACAAGCACAGCGAUUCUUCGCAUUAUUCGGGGGUUUCGGUCGCAUCGCGGGGCUGCGGUGGACUCGAGAGAUCCGAGUGUUCGAAUCGUUCCGAUCCGAUACACAUCGGGCAAAACGCGCAUCAGAUACGACCCAUAGAAUCACUCGCUCUGGAAUCCCCUGAUGUCCAAAACACAGGUAAGUGCAUCACUGUCCUGAUUCAGUCAUCAUAA